AUUCACCAUUUCUCAUUCGGAUAUAACGCACCACUAUUAAGGACACUCUUUUGUUUCUCCUAUAUAAGAAAGGGUUACAAGUUUACUUUCAACAGCAACAAAAAAAACCCUAAAAGUUUUUCUUCUUCCUAAUCUUUUCACCUCGAGUUUUUAUUUUCAUGGAUUCCAUCAAAAGAAGAAAGAUCAUGGCAAAAGAAUACGAAGGACGUGCAGUGGGAAUAGAUCUUGGAACAACCUAUUCAUGUGUUGCUGUGUGGCUUGAUCAACACCAAAGAGUUGAGAUUAUUCACAAUGAUCAAGGAAACCGAAUAACACCUUCUUUUGUUGCUUUCAACAAUGAACAAAGGUUGAUUGGCGAUGCUGCUAAGAAUCAAUCUGCUACUAACCCUGAAAACACUAUCUUUGAUGCUAAGAGGUUAAUUGGUAGGAAGUUUAGUGACCCCGUUGUUCAAAGAGAUAUAUUGUUGUGGCCAUUCAAGGUUAUUUCUGGUGUUAAUGACAAACCUAUGAUUACUGUUAAGUACAAGGGUCAAGAGAAGCACUUUUGUGCUGAGGAAAUAUCUUCUAUGGUGCUUACAAAGAUGCGAGAGGUUGCGGAGGCAUAUCUGGGGUCGCCGGUCAAGAAUGCCGUUGUUACUGUGCCAGCUUACUUCAAUGAUUCUCAGCGAAAGGCCACCAUAGAUGCUGGUACUAUUGCUGGACUUAAUGUCAUUCGGAUAAUCAAUGAACCUACUGCGGCAGCUAUUGCAUAUGGCCUUGACAAGAGAAAUGACUGUGAUGGUAGCCGAAAUAUUUUUGUCUUUGAUCUGGGUGGCGGGACUUUUGAUGUGUCUAUCCUCACAAUUAAGGGUGAUGUCUUUGAAGUGAAAGCCACUGCAGGAAACACUCACCUUGGGGGCGAGGACUUCGAUAACAGAAUGGUGAACUAUUUUGUUGAGGAGUUAAAAAAGAAGAAUAAAGUGGACAUCAGUCAGAACCCAAAAUCCUUAAGGAGGUUGAGAACUGCCUGUGAGAGGGCAAAAAGGAUACUCUCUUUUGCUUUUGUUACCACUGUUGAGGUAGAUGCUUUAUUUACGGGAAUCGACUUUUGUUCAUCAAUUACUCGUGCUAAAUUUGAGGAACUUAACAUGGACUUUUUCAAUGAGUGUAUGAAUAUAGUUGACACCUGUCUCAGGGAUUCAAAGAUAUACAAGAAUGAUAUUGAUGAUGUUGUACUUGUCGGUGGCUCGUCUAGGAUUCCCAAAGUGCAGGAACAAUUGCUAGAAUAUUUCAAGGGGAAGGAAUUAUUCAUGGGUAUCAACCCAGACGAGGCUGUUGCUUAUGGUGCAGCUGUUCAGGCUGCUAUUUUGAGUGAAGGCUGUAAGAAUGUCCCCAACUUGGUGCUACGAGAUGUGACCCCUUUGUCACUUGGUAUUUCUGUAAGUAUUGAACAUAUCAUGAGUGUGGUGAUUCCUAGAAACACUUCCAUACCUGUCAAGAAGACAAGUCGAUAUUCCACCCUUUAUGAUAACCAGUGCCUUGUCAAUUUUCUUGUUUAUGAGGGUGAGAGACCAAGAGCUGCUGACAAUAAUCUGCUUGGUUCAUUUGGGCUUCGUUGUCUUCCAGGUCCCCGUGGCCAGCCCUUGGAGGUAUGCUUUUCAAUUGAUGAAAAUGGUAUCCUGACUGUUACUGCUAGGGAAAUAUCCACAGGCAAUAUGAACAUGAUCACCAUAACCAAUGACAAAGAAAGGUUGUCAAUGUUCGACAUUGAAAAAAUGAUUAAAGAAGCUGAGAAAUACCAUGUGGAAGAUAUGCAAUUUUUAAGAAGGGCCAAGGUAAUGUGUGAAUUAGAUUCUUGUGUUUACAAUAUGAAGAAGGCUUUAAAGAAGAAGGAUGUUAAUCUGAUUCUCUCCCCUCAAGAAAUUGCAAAGAUCAACAAUGCAAUUACUGUUGCUAUGGAUUUGCUUGAUAAGAAUAAAAAAGAGAAAGAAAUAGAUGUUCUUGAGGGUUAUCUGGAGGAGCUGGAGAGAAUGUCGAAACACCUUAUAUCCAAGGCUAAUAAUUUUAUUUUUCUUGGAUAAGAUUUUAAGUGAUGUCUUGCUUUUGAAAGUGCUGAAUGCAGACCUUUAGUUUUAUUAUCAUUAUCUAAUAGCAUUGAAGUUUAUGUUAAUGUUUGUGUUUCACAUGUUACCGGUUUUUUUUUUCUUUUCUUCCUCUUUCUGUUUUCUGUAUUGUAAACCAUGCUGACUCUAUUCUAGUUUUAGCAGCAUCCUUCAAAGCUUUUACUUUAGGAUCUGAUCCUUCUCAGACACUAUUCUAGUUUUGAGUAAAUAAUCUUU